AUGAAUAUACCACCUGCAGGUCCAUAUGUAACAUGGUUUAUUGUUUGUUUUCUAUUUAAUACUGUAAUGAAAUAUUGGUUUUGGGAACGUUAUGCAUUGUUGUUUUCAAUAGCAAUGGAUACAGGUGAUGAUCAACAUCUUCCAUUGUAUACUGGUUGUAAACCUGUUGAACUUGAAUUAAACAUUCAACGGUCUCAGUCACCAAAUACAACAGAUAUGUACUGUGAUGUAAAUUCAAACGAGAUAUUUAUUCCUAAAACAUUAAAAUUAACAGCUGAAAUUCAAAUUCAAUAUAUUAUUGAACAAUAUUUAGCAAAUGAUAAUAAUCAUACCAAUAAUAUAACAAUAGAAUUAUGGCCAACAUUAGGUGCAUUUGGUUUUUAUACAUGGGUCUAUGCACGAUUAAUACAUAACGAAACCCACUGGAUAUGGAUUGAUUCAUCUUUAAUUGAAUUACCAGAGAGUAAUACAGUUGAUGCACCAUUAAAUACAUCACAAUAUCCUGAACCCUACUUUCCACAUUUAUAUUUAACAUCAAAUGAAACCGAUUAUAAUCUAUUAUUUAGUGAUUUACUAGAAUUUGAUUCACUUUAUGUUAAACCAUUAUUUGGUGAUUGCUUAUGGACAACAGAUGAGUAUGUAUCAACACUUAAAGAAAAACAAUUAACAAAGAUUCAUUCUGGAUGGUUAAAUGUUAACGAUAUGGGUCAAUUUGGUAACAAAAUACAACAAUCAGGUCAACAUAACAUAUGCGUUUUGUUACCCCAACCGGCACAAACAAAUGGUAAACCAUAUACAUUAUUUGUUAAUAUAAACAUAAAUAAUUCUAAUAAAAUCGAAUGGCCAACAAAUAUUUAUUGGUAUACCGUAUCUAGUCCAACAUUGAAUGAAAUUAAAAAUGCAGAACCAAAAACUAAUGAAUGGUAUAAUAAUUUAAAAUUUCCAUUAAACUUUAAUGAUAGUUGGACAAAAGAUAUGUAUCAAUUAAGUGGUGCACAUUUACUUGAAUUUCCUCAAACAAUUAAUAAAAAACUGAAUUUAACACGUAAAUCAUCUAUACAAUCUGAUAAUCAAUUACACGAUAUUAUUGAUUAUCUCAUUGAAAGAUAUAAACAACUGAAUAUUAAAACAGAGAGACAAAUAUUUACAUGGAGAAAUAUAACACAAGAAAAUUUAAUUGUUUAUUUACCAGCUAGUGGUAAUAGUUGUAAUAUUAAAAUAAAAAAUCAAUCUAUUGAACCAGUUAUAUUUAUUGAUCAUAUUGAUACAGCAUUUGAACAAGAUACAUUUGAAAAUAGUAAUUAUACAAAACGACAAACAACUCAAGGAGCAGAUGAUAAUGUUAGUGGAUUAGUAGCUUUAUUACAAUCUGCUCAAAUAUUACAACAAACUCAAUUGACAGCUUGUCGUGAUAUAUGGUUAGUACAUUUAACAGGUGAAGAAUAUCCAGCUGCUAGUUUAGGUAUUAUCUACUUUCUUGUUACAUCAUUAUUGAAACCUAAACAACAAAUUUAUACAGCUGUUAUUGUUGAUAUGAUAUCACAUCGUGUUAAUCAUAGUGAUCCAAUUGUACAAGUAAAUGCUGCAGAUUCAAAACAAUCAUUAUUAAUAGCUGAAUUAACUGUUAAUCAUAUAUUUCAAAAAAUAAAAACACAAUUAUAUACAGAGUUAAAACCAGAAUUACGUCAAUGGUCUAAUCCAUUUGCCUAUCUAUAUAAUACAGAUGGUGUACGUUUUAAUGAAUAUGGUUUUACAUGUAUAUUAAUUAAUGAACAUAUUAAUUAUCAUGAAAAUUUUGAACGAGAUGGUUAUCAUGAUACACAAGAUACAGUUAAUUUAAUUGAUUUUAAAUAUGGACAAGCUGUGACACAAUAUGCUAUUGCUACAGUUGCCGCCCUAGCACACUCCAAUUUUCAAGACGGAGCUGAUCCAUGGGUAUAUAAACAUACUAAUGGAUGGUAUUAUUUCACAAGGACAACUGGUGGAAAUGUAGUCAUUUGGCGGUCUCGUACACUAACUGGUAUUGAUGCUGGUGAAAGUAAAAUAGUGUGGAGUACAAAAGGAGGUACAGCAGCAUGUAGAGAUGUAUGGGCACCAGAAAUACAUUUCAUUCAAAAUAAAUGGUACAUCUAUUUUGCUGCAAGACCGUGUGAAAACGACAUGCAUCGAAUGUUUGUUCUAGAAAAUGUUAAUGGUGAUCCUUUUAAUGGUGAUUUUUUGGAAAAAGGUCAAAUAACUGAUUGGACGAAUAAAUGGGCAAUUGAUGGAACAGUGUUACAAAACACUAAUGGACAAUUAUAUUUCAUAUGGUCUGGAUGGGAAGGUGAUCAAAAUGUUCGUCAAAUUUUAUACAUUGCUCAUAUGUCUAAUCCAUGGACGAUAGAUAGUGCAAGAGUUGAAAUAGCUCGUCCAGUUCAUGCGUGGGAAACAAAUCAUAGUCCCUAUAUUAACGAAGGUCCACAAGUAAUCAUUCGAAAUAAUCAAAUUAAUCUUGUUUAUUCUGCAUCUGGAUCAUGGACUAAUGAUUAUUCUCUAGGUAUAAUAACAGCUAAAACAGACAGUGAUCUUUUAAAUCCAUAUUCAUGGCGGAAACGUGAUUAUCCAAUUUUUCAAAGUGCCAACGGUCUAUUUGGUCCUGGACAUCACAGUUUUACAAAAUCGAAAGAUGAUCGACAAGACUGGAUCGUUUAUCAUACAGCGAGAUUUAGUGGUUCUGGGUGGACUAGAAACGUUCGUACACAGCCGUUUACAUGGAAUACAGAUGACACACCUAAUUUGGGUGCUCCACACGGUCCAAAUACACUGUUAACAUUGCCGUCUGGUGAACCAAAUCGUGAUCGGUAUGAGGCAGAAUCUGCUUCUCUAACAAAUGGUCCAUAUUCACGUUUUGAAGUAACAGCUUCAAAUGGACAUAAAGUUGGUCAUAUUGAUUUGGACAAUAGUCUAGUUGAAUUUUCUGUACAGACUGCCACCUCUGGUUGGUAUAUUAUUAUUGUCCGAACUGGAAAUGGAUCAAAUGGUAAUGCUUUAGCCAGUCAUUAUUUAACAAUUAAUCAUAAUGAUCGAAGAGAAAUAUUUGUAGUUAAUUCUGGUUGGAAUAACUGGGGUACGUCGACAACACGUUUAUGGUUAAAUGCUGGCAGAAGUAUAUUAGGAUUUACAAAAGGACUGAAUUAUGCUGAAAUAGAUGCUCUCGAUAUUUUUCUCGAUCUUUAA